CAUAACACAAAAAAAACUUUAAAAAACCUGGCAAAUUAUUAAGACUAUGCAGCCAGCAAUACGGUCGUGUUGUUUGGAUGCGGAAGUUGUUUUUGAAAUAACCAAAAAAGCCGCUAUUCAGUUAUAUAAAUUUUAAUUAGAAAAGCUAGGAUGAAUUUCUCUCGGUUAUUUAGGCAUGUGAGCAACAUAACCUCAAGACUGUCCCAUCGUCAAUAUUCAAAUUUGCCAAAAGUUGAGGAGAAUGAAACCGAUAAACUUUUUAAAAUCAUGGAAUUAGAAUUGAAAGGCCACGAUCCUGCUGUUCUUAAGAGUUUUGUAAAAUUCGCCACAACGGCAGGCAAUCACUUAGAUGUUCAAUCCAAAUCGUGGAGUUUACGUAAACCCAUUCAUGAUCGACGAAGCGUGUUAAAGUCCGUUCAUAUUUAUAAAAAGCAUCAAGUUCAGUAUGAAACUAGGACGUAUUUUAACUUUAUUCAGUUCAAACACUUGACAGGAAGUACUGCUGAUACAUUAUUGGAAUAUAUUGAGCGGAAUUUGCCGGAAGGAGUGGCCCUCAAAGCGACCAAAGUUGAGCUACAAACGCUCCCAGAACAUUUAAAGUCUCCUUAACUGUAGUGAAUAAUUUUGUAAUUAUAUAAAAAAUAAAGUAUUUAGUACAUUA